GGACAGUUAACGCAACAUAUGGGCGGGGCUAGUUUAGUAUUUGAACGUAUGGCGGCGAGAGAACGUGAAGUAAAAUAAUCGAAAAUCUUCAUCGCUAACUGCAAUUUAACUGAGUCCUGAUUAUAAAUUCACAUGACACAUUCAAGAUAACCCACGGAAUUAAGAUGCCUAUUCGUGCAUUUUGCACAAUUUGCUGCGAAUUAUUGGACAACUCCAAAGAUGUUGCUGCCAUCAACUGCGGACACACGUUCCACAGUACCUGCCUCCUUCAAUGGUUUCAAUCAGCCCCGACAAGAACAUGCCCAACGUGUCGGAAACAGGCCAGCACCCGGCAAAUAAUCUACAAGCUCUAUUUUGACAGUGGUUCCGACGAAGCACGUUCAGCAAAUCCAGAGAGCUUGGCGGAUGAGCUUCAUAGGCUGAAGGCUGCUUUAAGCUUGAAAGAGAGAGACUGUCGGGACAAACAGAAAACACUGGUUGAUUUGAAGAACACUGUGGAAAUACAGAGGAGAGGCUUGGACAGCGUGCAGAAAGAACUUUUAGAAAAGGGCACGUUGUGUUCUGCUCUCAGAAAACAAAUGACUUACCUGGAGACUCAACAUGUGGAUGCUCACGCUGCCAAGGACGAGACCCGUAGACUGAGGACCAAAAUAAAAACCUAUGAAAACAUGGCUGUUUUGUUACAGGGCCAAAGAACUGAGGUGGAGUCCAUGAUUACAGACAUGGGUGUGAGUCAGGCUGCUGUGGAGCAGCUCUCAAUCUUCUGCAUUUCUCUCAAAAAAGAGUAUGACAGGUUAAAGGGAAACUUGAAGUCUUCUAAUGACAUGUGCGAGAAGCUGAGGAAAGACGUGGUCACCUCCAACAGCAAGUUCCAAAAGGCCUCUGUUGAAGUGACCCGAACAAAAGAGGACAUGAAGUCUCUGCAAAACGAUCUAGUCAAUGCUGACAAAGAGAUAUCUAGUUUGAAGAAGAAGGUGGAGUUUCUUCAGAAAUCUCUGAGCACCCCAACGAGGACAAAUGAGAUGCUCAGUCGGCUCGUCUUUGAGAGCCCCGCUCCGAUAGAUCUCAAACAGCCGCACCUCCAUCAGCCUAUAGAUGGUGACGAUAUUGACCUCAAUUUAACUUGUGAUUUAAUGACACCCGAUUGCGCAGCCAAGAGACCAGCAAAGACUCCAGCCAAGAAACCAGCAAAGACUCCAACAAAGAAGAUGCGUUUAGAACAUCAGCCGGCGUUGGUUUCCAAACACAAUGAGAGGAUAUCAAGCAAGGCCCGAGAGGAGGAUGGAGCCGUGGAUCCUCUUUUUAGGAAUUCGCUGCUUUUCCGAAGAAAGGCUUUUGGUAACAUGCAUGAACCUCAGAGGACGUUUGGAGCGGUGAAAAGUGGUUAUGAUGGCUUAGGAGGACGAACUACAUUCAUCCAACCUUCUUCGUUGGCAGUGAUUCGCCCACUCAUGAAAGCUCGAAGAAAAAAGGUGAUUAGGCCGACAGUAAAGACAGCACCGUGCCUGACAAUGGACAACUACCUUGAGUGACAAAUCACAAAUCGAUGCAAUGUGAAAUGUUUGACAGGGUUCUUCCCAUUCAUCCCAAAAUGGGACUCUUUUUGAAUAACAAAAAAUGUAAAGGCAGUUAGGUGGCUGACCACUUAAUGUAAUUUUUUUUUGUGAAAGCAAAUUUCCAUGUGCGUGUGUGUGUAAACACUUAAAAAGUUUUGUUGGCGAGACUAUUUCCUGUUUCAAAUAUCAGUGAAUGCAUCGUGGUCAUCAAAACUAUUUCAGUUAAUAUUGAAAUAUGGUCUUUUUGCACUUAUUUCAUAUAUUCUGUGUUGUAAUGAAUCAUGGUUUUCCAAAAUUAGAUGUCAACAUGAACUGUAACCCAACUUCAAU